AUGACUCUGCGAGGUAAAGUGGCUCUAGUUACGGGCGGAGCGCAAGGUAUCGGUAGAGCCGUAGCAGAAAGCCUACUGAAGAAUGAAGGAAAGGUUGGUGUUUAUAUAUAAAGUUAUUAGCCUAUUGUCGCCCGUAAAUGCACUGUGGUUUUGGUUACUUUACGCAUUUUACGCGCGGCGCUUGUACCAACCUCUCGUGCUUGUAUGGAGCCAAAACCAACCCUGCAACGGUGUUGCACAAGAACCGUUUAAAAUAUUUGGACAUAGUUUUGUAGAUGUUCUGAUUUUUAUAUCUGCAGGUUGCACUUGUUGACUUGAAUCAAAGUGUCGGAGAGGAAUGCAAGAAGAUUUUAGAUGGAGAGUUUGGAGAUGGGAACUGCAUUUUCAUUCAAUGUGAUGUGACGGACAGAUUGAAACUUAAAGGUAAUGGUUGCCUGACAAUAAAACUAUGAUACUUCUGGUUCAUAGUCUGAGAUUAUUGGCAUUCCGUUUGGAACAUUUCCUCUCACAAACUCUACAAGCCUGAAUGUUUAAUGCAAUUUUAUUUCAGUUUAGGCUACUCUGCCAGUCGUCUGUGCUGUUUGUGGGUUUUGUGGGUAGGAAUUUGAGAAAAAAUAUCCACAGGAAAGUUUUCAAACGCUGGUACUGCUUUCUAUCACCUGGCACAUGCACAAAACAAUGUAAACACGUGCACGAGCUCGGAAAGUAUGCAUGCAUCGCUUGCAUGUAUUUACAUCGUGUGAGUAUGCUUCUAGUGAUAGACAUCUGAACCCACUACCAGCGCUUUGAAAAGUUGGUUUAAUUAUACUUGCCUGUGGACAUUUUAUCUCCACUUCCUACGGUCAAAAGGACCAACAGCAUGGACAACCGGUCAAGUUUACAUAUAAUUGUAUUCAACAUUCUGGCUUGUAAAUAAGAGACUCUUGUGUCCAUGGGGUAACCAUGGUAACAGUCUGACUUUCGGCAAAGGUAAUUGCACCUUUACUAGGGUACUGCAGCUGCUAUCUUUUCUUUAGAGGUUAUUAGCCUAACCUACCUAAAACUAACUAUAUGCAUAAUAAUCUAAUUUAUCUCAUGCUGCACAGUGGGUUAGAAUUCAGAAUAUUCUCCUUUUCGAUCACCUUUAGGCCUACCUAUUUUAAGACAUCAUUCACCUCUGAAACAGACUUUCAUUGUGUGGAAAUGAAUUAGAUACUUUUGACAUGAUUUCAAAAACGCCCCAGGCAAAACACAUUGGAAUGUUCUUGGAUGUAGCCUUACCUAAAUAUCUGCGCUUAUAAGAGUCCAUUCAACCAACACUGAACACUGUCAAUGCAUGACUGAAACUUAAACGUCGACACGGUUUAUUUAGUCUUGUAAAACAGGACAUUUGUUAGACAUUUGUUGUUAAAGUAAAGCAACGUACGUGACUUGUUGCUCCUGCCUUGGUUAAGGUGAUUAAUUUUUUAUUUAAUUGAAGGUUUUGUUGUGGAAUGUUUUCAGCUGAAAGGCAGGUGCUGGUAAAUACCUGUUUUACUGCACUUUUUGUGGCUUAGAUAAUUGUUUAGAUGUACUUGUUUACUUAGAUAGACAAAGAUGCAAUGUUCUUGUAGUAAACAUAACCUGUAUAAUUAAUCUAAGAGCUAGAUGUUCUUCUUUGAUAUAGCAUCUAAAUUAUAGUUUAGAUGUAAAUAAACAAAGAGGCAAUGUUCUUGACAAAUGUCCAUCUUGUAUGGACUGAUAGUGUUCUUCUUGUAGGGGUUAAUCUAUAGUUAAUCAAUCUAAGUGUUGGACUCUUCUUUCAUAUUGCAGAUGCUUUUCAAAGUACAGUCGACCGGUUUGGAAGAUUGGAUAUUGUCGUCAACAAUGCUGGCAUCAACAAUGAGAAGGACUGGGAGAAGACCAUUGAAGUGAAUCUG